GCUGACAGUUAGUGCUGGCGGAAGAAAUUUUUUCGAAAAAUUAUAGUGUUGGAAACAACAACAAAACACAAAUCAUAAUAACAAAUAAAAACAAAGCAAACAAAACAAAGAAAAAGUUAUAAAUAAAAGCAAAACAAAAAGAAACGAUCGUUAACAACAAUUUUGACACCGUCGUAAGUUCUUAACUGGUCCGUGGUAUUUUUUCGUAAAAGCAUCGGACGCUGAAGUGAAGGCUUUAUAUAAAGGGCUUUAGUAAAGUGGAUCGCGCGCGUUAUACAUAAUAUAUACAUACAUUCUUCAAGUAACUGUGAGUGGGUGUGUAAACCGCGAAGACGUGCAGUGGAGGUGUGAAGUGUUGUUUAUCUGGGCAAAAAGGGAUGAACAUGCAUUUUAAAAAAUAUAGUAUUGAACGAAAACUAAGUUAAAACUUUACGUCUAACUCGACAAUGCUUCAAAACCAUCACUUAAUAAAUAAUCAUUACUAAACAAUAAUCAACAAUAAAAUAAAAUCCUUUGUGUGAACGUCAUAUCAAACUGGUGUAAAGAAAUCUACGUGUACAAAAUGCUCGCUUGGGUUGAUUAGUUAUGCAUAAACCUUGGCUAAAUCGUAGAUCCUUAUAUGCUGAACGCGAUCGUGAUGAUCCAACAAUGCAUCAUCACCAUACCGAUUUGCUAUCCUUCUCCACGUCGUCAGCUAAAAAGCAUAAUAAUCCUACAUCGUUGAUGUCGUCGUCGUCACCGUCAUCGUCUAUGUCAAUGUCGUCGGUGUCGUCGUCGUCGUCGUCGCCAUUAUCAACGAACAUUUUUCAUAAUUCUACCAUUGGUUCAAUUAAUUUAGAGGACUACGUAACCGCAAUGGAGGCACGUUCCAAGGCAUUAGAUCGUCAACAAUCGGAAGUUGAUGUUUGGGCACAAUUACAACAAAAAGAAUCGGAUAUAUUAUUAGCAGCGGAAUUGGGUAAAGCAUUGCUGGAGAAAAACGAAGAAUUAGUGAAGCAGCAAGAGAAACUCAUCGAGGAUUAUUCAACGAAAAUUGAGAAAUUGGAACAAGAAAAACAUGUUUUACGUCAAAAGCUCGCCAUUGCCGAAGAGGAGAGCGAUCAACGUGUUCUCGAAUUACAAUCUGAUCUCAAUGAACUCAAAGAUAAAUUACAGGCACAAGAGAAUGCAAUACGUCAAGCGGAAAAGGAGAAGACUAUACUAAUCGAUGAGUUGACACAUCAGAACACGCGCCUCACUGAACAGAUACAGGAAGCGCGCGCCACCGAACUGAAAUUAAUGUCGCAGAUACAGGAAUUAAAGGAUCAGUACAAUUAUAGGAACACCAGUUUGCAGGAACACGUCCACAGUCUGGAAUCCAUCAAAACCGAGUUGAACCUCACAACAGAAAAACGCCAUGAUUUGGAGAAACGUUUGCAGCAGGCACAGGAUGAAAAAGAGUCGCUAACGUCGGCACUUGAAGAGGCUUCUGAUAGAAUACACAUGCUAGAGAGACACGCACGAGAGCAGGAAACAAAAUUAGAGACUACACUGCAAGCACUUGAGAGAUCUCAGCGUGAGAAUAAUGUGCUUAGCGAGCGUAUAGGAGCGGAUUCCAACUCUAGUUCACAUAGCAAAAAAUCUUUGCAAUUCGAAAUGGAGUGCGAUGAAGAUGACUCAAGUUUUUCGGAUGGUAAGCCCAGUCAAAUAUGCAUUGAAGCGCGUUCGGUGUACAUACAGCUGAAAUCACUGGUGGAUUCGUUGAAAAUUGGGCAUGAUGAUGACUCAGGUCUAAAUUCAGACAUAUCCCUGGACUUGGAAUCCAUGGAUAAUACGAUUUCGUCGUCAAGUCGCACCGAAGGCGGCAGUCAUACUGAGGCUAUAGAAUUUCGUCCUGGCAUGCUAUCGGCUAUGUCCGAUGAGCUUACACGUCUACUGCUAAAUCUCGAUGCAGGCAACUUCAGGAAAAUGCUCGAUCAGACGCGCAAUCUUGUACUGGAGCAAGAGGAUGAGAUCAAGCGUAGCCAUCAAUUGAUACAGCAGUUGGAGGCGAAGCUCACCGUCACCGACGUGGAGUUACAUAAUGUCAAAGAAGAGCGCGAUCAGGCGCGUGGCGAUCUAAUGGACAACAGCGAUCGCGACGAAUUGUUGACCAAAGCACAAACAGAACGUGAUGCAGCGAAUGAGCGACGCACAAAAGCUGAAAUUGAUUUGGCUAAGACGCGUAUUGACUUAAUGCAAGCCAAUAGCCAGCUGCUCGAGUCUAUACAACAAAAGGUGGAGUUGUCGCAACAGCUGGAACAGUGGCAGAUGGAUAUGCAAGAGCUUCUGCAGGAACAAAUGCGCUCGAAGCUAAUCAACAAUCGCAAAUCGGCAUCGCCAAUACCUGCCAGUGCGAAUACAAGCGCAGCCUCAGCGCUGGCAAAACGCGUAUCCAGCUACAAGUUCUGGAGCUUAUUUCAACGGUAAAUUGAGCGUAGUCUAGAAAAUCUACGCUACUAAAUAUAAUUAUACUUAUGUAAAAGUUUUAGUUUUAUGUAUAAAUUCUUAUAUGUAAAAGCAAAAUAUUCUUUUCUUAUGAUUACUUUUUAAUAUUUAUAUACAAGUAGUAAAAUAGCAAGAAUUUAUACAACUACAAGCAUAUGUUGUAACGGUAUAAAAACAAAACCUUAUGCAUUUUUAUACUUAUUAACACAGAAUAAAAAAUAAAAAAAAUUAAAAAAUAAAUAUAUGUACGAUUAUUUAUAAAUAUACUUCAUCUUAUGCUACUUGUUGAUUUUUGUGGUCAAAAAAACUGUUGGAGACGUGACCUUCUAAGGUUUAUGUGUCUCGCAUACGCUUUAUUACCUUUAAUUGACAAAAAAAAGAAGAGAAAAAGAGCAGCAAAAAGACACUAAUCGUGCACUAUUUAAUAAAAGAAAACCCCAUACACUUUAAUUAUAGUUUUAAGUUGCAAAAUUACAAAAGAAAUUUACAUUUAAAAUUGUCAAUAAAAUAGUAGCACUUUAGUCAGCCGCAUUCCCAAAUCCCAAAAUGACGUAUGUAGAUAUCCAAUGAAAGAGUGCAACUCAAGCGCCCAAAGAACACAUAUCGCUUUGAACCCAGAGAGCAAUUUUGCAGUAAUAGUAAGGACACCUUUUAAAUAUUAUGAAUACAUUUUUAUUUUCAAACAAUUUAUUUAAUAAUACACUAACACACACAAAAAUAAAUAAUAAACAAAAAUGCAUAAUUAUAAAAAAUACUGCAAUUUAACAAUGUAUGUAUUAGUAAAAAUUUAAACACUUGAAAUCUAAUUUUAAUAUGUAUUUAUAUCAUAUAAACACAGAUACAUGCUUAUCUGUGUUAGUAUGUACCUACUACAUAAAUUAAUUGUAAGUCUCUUAAGUGCAUUAUACAUAUAAUCGCCAUUUACGUUCGCUUAACGUGAUUGGUGAUGUGAUUGGUUAAAUGUUUGAUUGAUUGAUUGAUUGAUUGUUUGUAGUUGAUGGCAGAACUGGCGGACAUUUUUUUCUUUUAACCAGUAAAAACAACAACAACAAAAAG